CGUACGGACAGUGUGACUACCCUGUGGGGGUAUGUAUGAACCCGUACGGACAGUCUGACUUCCCUGUGGAGGUAUGUAUGAACCCGUACGCACAGUCGGACUUCCCUGUGGAGGUAUGUAUGGACCCGUACGCACAGUCGGACUUCCCUGUGGAGGUAUGUAUGAACCCGUACGCACAGUCGGACUUCCCUGUGGAGAUAAGAGCCUGUACACACAGUCGGACUUCCCUGUGGAGGUAAGAGCCCGUACACACAGUCGGACUUCCCUGUAGAGGUAAGAGCCCGUUCACACAGUCGGACUUCCCUGUGGAGGUAAGAGCCUGUACACACAGUCGGACUUCCCUGUAGAGGUAUGUAUCAGUGAAUGAUGACGUGUACUUCGUAUCUUGGUGGAGUGACAUUUUUUUUGUAAUGCACAACUUAUUAUUAUUUUUUAAUCAUUGAAAAAUCUGACCAAUGACAUUUUGUCCAAUUUACUACAUGUUUUAUCCUCAUCCCAGGUAUCGGUGACGGAUGACGUGUACUUCGGCAUCUCUGUGGAGACGACCGGCUCCGGUCUGGUCCUGUUUGUUGACAACUGCAGAGCGACGCCGUCCACCUCCCCUGGCGGAUCUACAGAGUACUACAUCAUACAGGACGGUUGCCAUCGGGACGACACCCUUCAGGCGUUCACCACCGCCUCGGCUACUUCUGCGCAUUACGGCAUCUCUGCCUUCAAGUUUACCAACGAAUCACUGCCAUACGUGUACCUGCACUGUGACGUCAUGGUGUGUCUGGAGAACAACCCCGGCUCCAGAUGUGACCAGGGCUGUCUCGGCGCGCGCAGGCGCAAACGGGCCGCAGACGGCGGUGUGGAGGAACGCGCUACCCUGGUGCAGGGGCCCAUCUUAGUCUUAGUGCCUGAUGAGACUCCUGACGCAUGUACUCAGAGUUGUCACCUGCAUGCCGACUGCAACCUAGAGGCACGGAGAUGUGUGUGCGAACCUGGGUGGGUUGGAGACGGGGUUCACUGCCAGGAUUUUGACGAGUGCACGAUCGUGUCCUGCGGGGUCCAUCAGCGCUGCGUCAACACGCCGGGAAGUCACGUGUGCGAGUGCAUGCCGGGAUACAUAGAGGUGGAUGGAGGCUGCCAGGCUGUCCAUGCCUACUAUUCCACCUACCGUCUGCUGGCCCGAAGCUUCUCCGCGGCACUGCAGGAUCCUGAAAGUCUGGAGUACAUUGACCUUGUCGCAGAGGUCGUCAACACGCUGGAGUCCCUGUACCGCCGGACGAGUCUGGCCGGAGACUUCUUCAGCGUCACCAUCAUCGCCUUCCGACCCGGCAGCGUCCUCGUGGAUCACGUGAUCAACAUCCGGGCUUUCGCGGACUUCUCUUCUGCCAUGACGUCGGAGGAGGUCAGGGUUCUUGUAGAGAAAGCCAACGGAACAGUACUGGGCAUCGACGUGGAUCAGAUCGUCAUCACAGACCAUGACGAGUGCUCGGAGCCGGAGAAGACCGACUGCUCCCCACACGCCGCCUGUCUCAACACCGUCGGCUCCUUCUCCUGCAGCUGCAUCAUGGGAUACCAGGACAAGUCCCCGGAUGUGACCUCGCGGCCCGGGAGGGUCUGUGAACUGGAAGGUGUCUCGGACAGCUGGGUCCCGGCUGCGGCAGGUGCAGGAGCUGCAGCAACUGUUGUUAUCAUCGCCAUAGCAACUGCCAAGUUCCUGUACCGCGCCAAGCGCAAGAACCGGGUCAAAGAUGUGGGAGGGCAAGACAAUCUGGCCUUUGUGCAGGCAGCAGCCGAACCGGGGGAAACGGCAAGCAGCGACCCCUACCGGACUGGCGACAGCAGCUGCUGAGCUGUCUAAUUUGCAGAUUUGAACAGAAAUAGAAGCAUGUAAGACUGUAGAAAGAUCAGUACAGAAAAGAGCAGGGCCAGAUAAUAGGAGUGUGUUUGUGCGUGUGUGUGCGCGCGCGUGUGUGUUUGUUUGUGUGCGCACGCGCGCACGUGUGUGUGUGUGUGUGUGUGUGUGUAGUUGGUGUGCCUUUUAUUGGAUGAUUUUUGAAAUACAUGUAUACAGUUACAGUGAGAAGCUGAAAGCAUAACAGUUUGUUGAUUUAUGAAAAGCUAUAAAAUGUGUCAAAGGUAAAUGUAACGGUAACUGUUGUUACUUGCCAGUAUUGACUUGAAACUGAGAGAUGCGAUGCAUUGAUUUCUUGCAAUUGUUGUUGACUUUUCGAUUUAGCAACGUUUAUGAAAAAACUUUAUUGCGCAUCAAUUGUACAAGGUACUGAUUAUAAGUAUGGCAUCUACAUAACUACAGUUCUAUAGCUUUACUUAAAACUAUAAAAAUAAAAGGCAAAUCUAACUAAUAACAGGAGUGAAUAGUAUGGGAUAUGGUUUUUUACAAUCAUUGGAGGAAGUUCUAAGAAAUUGUUUGAUAUGUUUUAAUAUAUCAGCCAUACAGGUCAUUAUGUAUUUACAUUUGCACUUCAGGUUCAUUGAGAUAUAUCCAUGUGUGAAAUGAAAUUACAGCCUUGUGUAUAGAGAAUUGCGUAAAUCAAAAUAUUUUUGACAUGAUUACUACUUCCAAGAAAUAAAGUUCACUCAGCGCAAGGAGGCACGUUGUCGGGAAAAAGUUCAUUUUGAUUGCCUCAACUUAAAAACCGCGGCAUAAAGAUAUUUGAGUUUGAAAUGCUGUUUCCUUUGUGUGUCAUUUGCCGCGGAGUCUGCUUCGUUAAAGAACAACGCGUGAAAAGGGAACGUUUUGCACAUCCUUUUAGCCACGUUUUCGUCUGUAACAACAACGUUUGGUUUAGAGGAUAUACAUGAUGGACUUCAAAGCUCUGAUAGAUUAGCAAAGCUGACAGAAUUUCUUGGAAUCGACUUGUUUUUUCCAACACCAGUUUGAUCGUUUUUUGUUUAAGUAGCUAUAUCACUAUGUCUGUUUUCUUGUGUGAUUUUAAGAUUGCUAUCCCUGUGUUGGUUUUUGUGUGUGUGGUUUUUAGAUUGAUUGCAAUAAAGGUAAUAUU